AUGACAUCGCCCUGGACUGCGCAGCCCCCCUACGGUGGCUCCGGCUCCUUCACAGCGAAGUAUGUUGCCAUGUGCUUCUGCAAGCGCGUCCGCUUCGAGGUCAACGCGGAGCCUGUGACUUCCAAGAUCUGCGAUUGCACCAUCUGCCAGCGCCUCCACGGCGCGCCGGCGCAGUGGGCCGCGCUCUUCGCGAAGUCUGCGGUACGCUUUUCGGCCGUCAGUCUGCAGCAUCUUCGCUGGUACCACGUACAGACGGACACGGUUUGCAUCAACGGCGCUGAGCGCGUGCUGCCCAGCAAAGUCCAGUGCUCCCAUUGUGGGACCUGGGUGGCUGACGAGGGAAGGAAUAUGUUCAUGACCUUCCCGACUCUCUUCGAUUUCGGCGAACGGCGAGGCCCGGAACGUUAUCCGGCCUCCUUCCGACCCCGCUGCCACAUUUUCUGCGGCUCACGGUCGCUGUCUUUCGAGGAUGGCCUGCCGAACUACUUGGACGACUGCCGCACGCCGCUGUCGAUCUCGGAUUACCUCCUGGACAUAGCACCUCACCUGGACGGGCACAGCUACAAGGGCCAGUCAGGCAGGAUCGGCGUGCUGGGCGGCUCUCCUGACUUUGCAGGGGCCCCCUAUUAUGCUGGCAUGGCGGCACUGCGCGUCGGCGCAGAGUUGCUGUACAUGUGCACGGAGGAGUCUGCAACAGGUCCCAUCAAGGGCUACUCUCCCGAGCUGAUGGUCAGCGAAGUUUACAGCUGGAGUCGCAUGUCCUCAGCAGAUCCAGGUGUCGUGAGUGCAGAACAAGACCGGAUGGUUGCCAAGAUGGAGGCCCUUCUUCCCCGCUUUCACGCUCUGUGUAUUGGACGACCGCGUAUUGGAUGCGGUGGCGCGCGUGAUCACUGCUGCUAA